AUGGCCGGCACCGGAGCUUGCAUCACCAUGGCGGACGGCACGACGAUGCGCCUCCCUCCUGGGUGCGUCUUCCGCCCCACGGAGGACGAGCUCGUCGUCCACUACCUGUACCGCCGCGCCAUCCAGGCGCCGCUCCCCUGCGACUUCAUCGCCGACAUCGACAUCUCGCGCCACAACCCCUGGGACGUCGUGCGAGAGGAGGAGAAAACGAAUGGGAGGUACUUCUUCACUCGCAAGGAGAAUAACCAUGGCGACCACCGCGGAAACCGCGCUGCGGGGGAUGGGUUCUGGCGGUCGGAAGGCUCGGAUGUUCCGGUGUACUACAACGACGGCGACGCCGCCGACGGCGACAUGCUGGUCGGGAUGAAGCGCACCCUGGUGUUCCACUGCAAGAGUUCUCCGUCGGCACAGCGUACCGGGUGGGUGAUGCAGGAGUUCCGGCUUGCAGGUGCAAGCCUCCUGCCAUGCCCUGUGAUGGCGGAUGCUGCCGCCGAUGGCUCCAACCCGUCCAACAACUGCACCGAAGCAACAAUCACCCAGAAAAGUGAUGGUGGUUCGUCUGCUGAUCAUAUUUGUGCCCACCUGGGGACAACCAUGGUCGAACCUGACAGUUCAUGGCUGAUCUGCCCCAUCUACAAGAAGAGGCAGCAUGCACGACAUGUCAUCAUCCCUUCGGCCAAUGGCAAUGCAGGGGAACUCGCCUUCGCCCUGCCUGCCGUUGGCAAUGGCGAAGUUGAUUUCAUGGAGGGGACUGAUGAGUCCGCUGAUGUCAAUAAUGACAAUGAUGGUGAUGCCCAUGGCCAGAACUAG